GCAGGUCUUUUUUCACACCGACGCAGCUCAAAGCGUUGGCAAGGUGCCGGUUGAUGUUAAGAAGGUUGGCGCAGCGCUGAUGUCAAUCUCAGCUCACAAGAUGUACGGCCCAAAGGGUAUCGGUGCUUUGUACGUUCGACGGAAGCCACGAGUGCGCCUUCGCCCCGUGAUCGACGGCGGGGGCCAGGAGAGAGGCAUGCGCAGUGGAACUCUAGCAACUCCACCGAUCGUCGGAUUUGGAGCAGCAGCUGAGGUCUGCAUGCAAGAGAUGGACAAUGACAUUCGCCAUGUGCAGAAGCUGUACAAACGAAUGCACGAUCAGAUCACCGACCAGCUGCCUCAGAUUACCCUCAAUGGAUCGCCAUCGCAGAGGUGGCCUGGCAACGUGAAUUUGUCCUUUGCAUGUGUUGAAGGUGAGAGCCUUCUGAUGUCCCUUGCCAAGACGACUGCAGUGUCGAGUGGCUCCGCUUGUACGAGUGCAUCACUCGAGCCGUCGUAUGUGCUUCGUGCAAUUGGUGUCUCUGAAGACCUGGCGCAUACGUCUUUGCGCUUUGGGAUUGGCCGCUUCACCACAGAAGCAGAGGUGGACAAGACCGUGAACGAAGUUGUUAGAGAGGUGCGAAGAUUGCGGGACAUGAGUCCUCUUUGGGAGCUUGAGCUUGAGGCUCUGAAGACAGGCGGACAGAAGCAAGCCGUGACUUGGUCAUGAUUUUCUGAGCAGCUACUGUGCCAAGGCAUUUUAGUUCAUCAUGUGUACGAUAC